AUGCCUCACCCAGCGUCCGACGAGGAUGCACUCUCCCCAGAGCGACCAUCUUUCUGGACCCGAUUCAGCACCCGUUUCAACGGUGCAUUUAGCGGUGCAGACCCUCGUGUCUGUGUCGCUUUUUGGCUUUUUGGCCUCAUCAACAAUGUACUAUAUGUGAUCAUCCUCUCCGCAGCAGUAGAUCUAGUCGGCCCAGAUGUGCCCAAAGGCGUCGUGCUCCUCGCCGAUGUGAUCCCGUCGUUCGCGACGAAGCUCGUCGCACCGUACUUCAUCCACCUGGUCCCGUAUUGGAUGCGUAUUAUCAUUUUCGUCUUCCUCUCCGCGGUCGGUAUGCUGGUCGUGGCGAUGAGCCCGGGUUAUACAGAUGGGGGAUCCAUAUCCUCCAAGCUCGCGGGUAUCGUUCUUGCUAGCUUUUCUAGUGGUGGUGGUGAAUUAAGCUUCGUGGGUCUCACGCAUUUUUAUGGGCCGUUUAGUCUGGCUGCUUGGGGGAGUGGGACUGGUGCUGCUGGGUUGAUUGGAGCUGGUGCUUAUGCUCUGGCGACUUCGGCGCUGGGGCUCUCUGUCCAUAUCACUUUGUUGGUUUCUGCUUGUCUGCCGGUUGUGAUGGUGCUGAGCUUCUUCGUUGUGCUUCCCAAGUCGCCUUUGAGAACUGCUGAAUCAGGUUCUGAUAGAUACCGCGUCAUUGAAGGCGGAGAGAAUAUUGAAGAAGAUGAGAUGGAUGGUGGUCGUGAUGAACACGAGGGACUUUUGGGAUUGUCGCACGGUUCCACCAGUGUGCAGAAGUCCAUGCACGUCACCCAGGACGCACCUUGGAAAGACCAGGCUCUCUCAAAUCUACGCCGCGUGAAGACGCUUUUCUUCCCAUUCAUGGUUCCUAUGCUACUCGUCUACAUUGCCGAGUACGUUAUCAACCAAGGAGUUGCUCCAACACUGCUAUUUCCCCUGCGCGAGUCGCCCUUCGAGCACUUCCGCUCGUUCUACCCCACCUACAAUGCCAUCUACCAGAUCGGCGUGUUCAUCUCCCGCUCCUCGACCCCAUUCUACCGCAUCCACCAUCUGUAUCUUCCAUCGCUUCUGCAGGUACUCAAUCUAGUGAUACUCACGCUCCACGCAAUGUUUGACUUCAUCCCGAGUGUCUGGCUUGUGUUCAUCAUUGUUUUCUGGGAGGGGCUUCUUGGGGGCGUGGUAUAUGUCAACACCUUUGCUGAGAUUGCCGAUCGUGUGCCGAAAGAAGACCACCACGUCUUGGGGAGACCUUCGACCCGCUUCCGCAAGAUCCAAGUAUUUGCAGUAGUCUCCUUCUGGUCGGUUUAUUUACUGAAAGCAGAUAAACAUGGCCCACCAUUCAUCCGAAAACUCUCGUCUCGACUCACGGGCAAGUUGACAACAUGGCAGACCACAGUCAUCAUAUUCCUGUGGCUCUACCUCAGCCGAAACUUCGCCAAGAUCGUCGGUCUCGAAUGCCCAGAGCCAUUAGCAAACAUGUAUUCGCGGUCCUUCUUUCGAGCGACAUGGAUCACAACCGGGCUAGAUGCUGGAUUCUGGACUGCGAUGAACAUAAAACCAAAAUGGCUCCGGGAUAUCGCGUCGCUGGUCUUCACAGUCUACUAUUUGAUCGCUGCCGAACAAGCCGAUGAGAAAGUCCGUCGAGUCCGGGCUACUCUCACGCUGGAGCAUCUGCGUGUGUCUUGGAACAAAGCUACAAGCCCGUACUUGUGGAAUUUGGCAAGAUUACUACGCCCCCGGAUGACGGGUUAUCCAGCUCGGGCCAUCAGAAUACCUCGUCCGGCACAGUCUGUCUACACUGAGCCUGUGAAUGCGUGGUUGUACUUUGACGGUCCGCUCAGUGAGCUGAGACGGCAGACACUCGUUGUUUUGGAUGUUCCUGGCGGCGGAUUUGUGGCCAUGAGUCCCAGGAAUUCAGAGGACAAACUUCUUUCCUGGGCCGGUCGACUCAAGGUUCCCAUCAUCAGCGUCGAUUACAGAAAAGCACCGGAAUAUGCUUAUCCAUAUGCGUUGCAUGAAUGCUAUGAUGUUUACCAUAGUAUUGUUGCUACGAAUGGACGUUGCAUGGGCCUUGAGGGGAAGGUUCAACCUCGUAUUAUGGUUACUGGCGAGAGUGCUGGUGGAAACCUAGCUGUUGGAAUGACUUUAAUGAUCUUGCAGUCUUCUAUGUCCCAGGGAUGGCGUGGCGAGGAUGUCCUCCCGGCGCCGGACGGUCUUGUGCUAGGAUAUCCCGCCUUGAACAUGAGAGUUGAAAGCUGGAUGAGCGAUGAACAGAUGUCUUUAAUCCAAGAUAAAAGUUCUCGACAAACCAAUCGCAGCGUCCUCCAGCGAAAGCAGGAUCAAUACCGCAAGCUCACACCCUUCACAUCUCCCGGUCACUCAGUCGAGGAUUUGACUGCGUUAUCACCCCCAGAGAAGGCAAACAAUAAAGAGCCCAAUGUAGCCACCGAGGCAGCCAAGUCAUUGGAAAAGAAAAUCAGGAAGAACAAAGAGCUGGGCUCAACGUCUCCCCCUAAAGCGGAAGACGAUGUCCAGCCGAUCAAGACUAGACUCGCCGUCUCGUCCAUGAUCACAUAUGUCCAUGAUCGCAUUCUCACACCCGAGAUGACACGUGCAAUGAUUAUCCUAUAUAUCGGACCCCACCAUCGUCCUGAUUUCAACACGGAUUUUCUCCUAUCCCCUGUCCUGGCUCCGGAUGCCCUACUCGCCCGUUUCCCAAAGACAUACAUCAUGACCGGAGAGCGAGACCCUCUCGUCGACGAUACAGUAAUCUUCGCAGGCAGGAUUCGUCAAGCAAAACUGCACCAGUUCCGUGAGCGCCAGGACCUAGGAUUAGAGAGAUCCACGCGCCCCUUCAACGAGAAGAACUACGUUGAGAUCUCCCUGAUUCCAGGCGUGUCCCAUGGAUUCAUGCAAAUGGCCGGCUUUUUCCCGGACGCAUGGAAAUAUAUCCACCGCAGCGCCGAGUGGCUGGAUACUAUGUUUCAAGGGAUUAAGACAGACAACUUCAUGGCUGAUUCAGUGGGCGACGAGGCACCACAUAUAUCUCUGAAAUGGUCUGGAUCUGCAAAUCAUGAAGACACCUCUCCAAUGGCAGGGCGCAAUCAUCAUCGAACCCUGACGGGCGAAUCAUCCGCCGAUGAUGACAAGCCUCUGGAAAUGAGUAUGAGCAAGGUCAACUUAAAUGGCAGCGAGGGGGCAUUGAAGCCCGAACACCGCACGCGCCGAAGAAGAUCACGUUCGUCCUUUGCUUCCUCGCAGUUUAAGGGCUUCACGUCGCUAGGAGACGACGGCAAGGCCAAGGAUGAUUUCAUGGCCAAGCUCCAAUACUUGGAGAGAGCGGGCCGUGGGGAUCCGUUUGAUGAUGAUGAGACGAAUAGUGCACCGGUAAGUCCGGGUGCGGUUCGUCCUCGCGGUCGCAGUAUUGCUUCUUUGGAUAGUGAAGAGGAUAUCUUGGAUCGGAGGAUGAAUGGGCUUGCUGGUGGGUUGAUGGGAAUCGGGGAAGGAGCUCAGACUCCCGGUCUGUGA